AAUGUGCACGACUUGCCUGUCAGACACUCACUUAUUUCGAUACAGAGAGGUUGCUACUGGUGGCUUGAUCCUAAAAACAAACUGUCGCGUAUCUUUAAUAAGACGUUUUGAUUAUUGAAUUCAGAUUAGGUCAGAGUGGAUUUAUUAAUUAUCCUAUGACGAAUGCAAUAGUUACGUAAAACUAUUACAAUCUUAGAGUUCUGCAUUGACUGCCAGCUGACUGAGGCGAACAGGUGGCACUAAGCGUUUAGUAUUAGGGCCAGGGAUUCAGAUGUCCAUUUCUCACAGAGAUCUUCUUCUUAGUAAGCAGUAACAGCAGAUUUAUAGCACAACAGGUUUGGCUCAACAGGCGCGAGGAUGAUAGACGCUGAAACGGACACGGGGAUCGACGGCGGGAGGAUGAUUACUGAAGAUAAAGAAGUCUUGAAACGUGGUGAUGUGCUCAAACUUCUUCCACCUGACGCUGACAAAAACUUUUACUUCAAAAAGAAAGUUUCCGACUAUCUGAUCGGGAGGAAGCUGGGAGAAGGGUCUUUCGCCAUAGUGCGAGAGGGGCUUCAUGUCAUCACCGGCGAGAAGGUGGCGGUGAAAAUAAUUGACAAGAAGAAGGCUAAAAAGGAUUCAUACGUCUUAAAGAACCUGCGGCGUGAAGGAAAUAUUCAGCAGAUGAUCCGGCACCCGCACAUCGCCCAACUGCUGGACAUAAUGGAGACGGAAAACAGGUUCUACCUCGUCAUGGAGCUCUGUCCUGGAGGAAACCUCAUGAACUACAUUUACGAGAACAAAAGAUUGGAAGAAAGAGAAGCCAACAAAUAUGUCCGCCAGCUAGUGAUGGCCGUGGAACACCUGCACAGAGCAGGAGUUGUUCACAGAGACUUGAAGAUUGAAAAUCUCCUUCUUGAUGACCAUGACAACCUAAAGCUGAUCGAUUUUGGCCUAAGUAACUCGGCGGGAAUUCUGGGAUACUCGGAUCCCUUCAGCACACAGUGUGGCAGUCCAGCAUAUGCCGCCCCUGAGCUUCUCUCAAGAAAGAAAUACGGCCCCAAAGUUGAUGUUUGGUCAAUAGGGGUGAACAUGUACGCUAUGCUGACUGGUACGCUGCCAUUUACAGUGGAGCCAUUUAGCCUGAACGCUUUGUAUAAGAAGAUGAUAAACAAGGAAAUGAACCCCCUUCCUUCGAAUAUCAGCUCAGAUGCUAAACAUUUGCUGGAAGUGCUUCUAGAGCCUAAACCUGAUUUGAGACCUAACAUCCAUCAAGUGUUAUCUCACCCGUGGCUUCAGUUGGGAAACCCUCACACUGGAGCUCCUUUAUUUAAUAGGAUCCACAUUACGGAAAUCAACAAGUCUGUUUUGUGCCACAUGACUGAGAAAAUGGGCUACUCACACAGCGCUGUACUGAAUGCAUUGCUCACCAACAAAGCUUCCACCACGCUAGCUGUGUACUUCCUCCUCAACAACAAGAUGAACAGACUCUCAAAAGAGUGCAAGCAGGACAAACAGCGGCAAAACUUGGAUAAUAGAGAGAAUAAGCCUGAGAUCAUUCAGACCCAGUGUUUGAAAUACAUUGAUACGGUCACGAUUCCACCUAAAGAGACACCCGUCUAUCUGGCUUCGGGUAAAGACCCCAUAAAGAAGAAACAGAAAACUGGUCUGCUGAAAGCCGUGAAAGGAGGAUUUAAAGAUGCUUACUCAGGAAAUGGCGGUUGUAUCACCUCGUCCUCCUUAGAGUACCUGAAGAUUCACCGCCUACACCCAACCCCAGAGCCAAUCCUUCCUACUCCCGAGACUCAACCACCCGAACAAUGCAGCUCCAAAGAUCCCCCAAAAGCUGAGAAAAUUCCUGCUCGUCCACCUUCUUCCCUCGGCUCUCAUUCCUGGACAUCCGAGAGCAAGGAACCGAGCAAAGACUCUCCUCCAUCACCAUGGUACAAGCUGACCAAUGGAGCGCUCUCUCCACCAAAACACGUCUCUGCUUUCCAGCCUGAGAGCUCCUACUUGAAAAAGGCUACAAUCCCUAGCCCGCCUGUUCUCGUUGUCAGACCUCAGCCCAGGAAAAAUGCUCCCAGUUCAGACUCUAUGAGCUCCUCAGACUCAAAUGGAAGCCCGCUCAGCAGCAGGGGAAGCGAAGAACCACAGAGUCCUCCAAUCAGAGGCAAUAAGCUCACUCCAAAGGACUUUAAGCAGAUUUUGAGGGCAAGGUUUCCUUUGCGGAUACAGAACUUCCCAUUCAAACCGGAGUCUGGGUUGAGAAGGAAGAGCUUCUUCCCGAGCGAUUUUAAAACCCGGAGUUGAGGAUUAGAACUUUUAUAUCAUACAAAGUCAGAUGUAUGCAGUAUCAUGUUAUCUCACAAAUAAUGCUCACAGUUUGUACAUAUGUGACCAUGGACCACAAAAACAGUCAUUUUUAAAUUUGAGAUCAAUACAAUUAUUGAAAACAGAACCAAUAAGCUUUACAUUGAUGUAUGAUUUGUUACAAUAUGACAAUAUUUGGCUGAGAUACAACUAUUUGAAAAUCUGGAAUCAAGUCCUUGGCAUUGCACAUUACUAAUCAAUCAUUUACAGUAGGAAGUUUACAAAAUGUCUACAUGGAACAUGAAUUUAAACUAAUAUCUGGUUUGAUUUUUGGCACGAAAGAGUCAUUUUGACUCGUACAAUGUAUUUUUGGCUAUUGCUAAAAGUAUUCCUGUCCAACAUGAAACUGGUUUUGUGGUCCAGGAUCACAUUCACAGGCUUCUAGCACGUAGACAAAGCCCUCAAGGAGUUACAUACAGAACAUACAGGCUCUGAACACUGUGUAAAGCUAGAUCUUUAGGUCACGUUGCCCCAGGACAGCAGACACUGAAUGUUGAGUUCACAUGCCGAAGCAUGUUCAACACGCUUCUAGUGCAAUGGCCAUGUAGUAGCCAAGCCUUUGACGCACAAUUGUUCUGGGAAACAAAGCUGUCACUGCCCACAAUAAUGUAUGUACUUUGCUGUUCACAUAAUGUACUACAACUUGCUGUUCACAUAAUGUACUACAACUGAGACUGUUAUUGAACGAUUGGAGGAGUUGUUUUGAUAGCGUGCAUUUAUUAUAGCGUGCUUACUUUAUUCAACCUCAAAUUGUAAUGGCACUCAGGUCAGCAAUGCUGAUUUCUUUUCCAAAAGCCUCACUUUUACACCUGUAGUGAAAGCGUGAGUGUUUUACGGGAAGACGACGACAUUCCUCGUGUUUUCCUCUCUCUAGGGGGAUUGCUGGCAUUUUGUAUAGCCUUAAAUAUCUUGCAUUCGGCCUUUAAGCUGCGAUGGAAGAUUUUCGGUAUUAUUUGAACUCUUAAUGUUUAAGAUUCAUCGCAUCAUGUUGGGUGAAUUGUGAAUUGUGCAAUAGUGUGUAUAUAUUUGAUGGGUGACCUGUGUUUUCUCUCCAUUGUUCGAAAGAGAUUCUGUACAUAGAACACAAGUGUCUUUCAUUCCAUAUGUUUAAUGGUGGUUCAUACUGUCUCUUCACGUUAGACUCACAAAGCAGACCUCUUUCACAGUCUUCACAUGCACAGAAGACUAUGAGCUGUGAACAUUUUUCUGAUCCUGAUUUCACCUUUGCAUGCACACUAGGAGUUAAAAAAAACCGUGCUGUCAGUUUUUUGGUGACAAGUCUUUGUACUUUUGUUACGGUGAAGAUGAAUUUGAAGGUCUUUUUGUACGUUUUGUACUGAUUUGCUUUUUUUGCCAAGAUCAAGGAGAUUUUUAAACUAAAAAAGAUUUUGAAUAUUUAUAUCGAAAGAUUAUUAUUUGUGGGUGGGAUUUUCUAUUUUAUAUCGGCAUGUAUUACUUUUUUGACACGCAAAUAAAAUGCACAAACCUAAAUACUG